CGCAGUUCUCGCCCGGCUUCCGGGCGGUUCCGGCGCGAUGAUCCAGAGGGCCAGUGUCACUAAGUAGCGGCGGGGCUUAGGGGCGUGCGGGCCCAGCGGUCCGGCCCAAGGGCUCGGGUCCCGGGGUCUCUGGGAGCGGCCGGAGGGUGCGGAGACAACCAAGGAUCGUCGCCCGCCGCCGCCACCAGGCAUGUCGGCCGAGGCGUCUGGCCCCGCAGCGGCGGAGGCCCAGUCCCUGGAAGUUCCUAAGCCCGCGGGUCUCGAGCCUGGCUCCGCCGCCUACGGUCUCAAGCCCCUGACCCCGAACAGCAAGUAUGUGAAACUAAACGUGGGCGGUUCGCUGCACUACACCACGCUGCGCACCCUCACGGGACAGGACACCAUGCUCAAGGCCAUGUUCAGCGGCCGCGCGGAGGUGCUCACUGACGCCGGAGGUUGGGUGCUGAUCGACCGGAGCGGCCGCCACUUUGGUACAAUCCUCAACUACCUGCGGGACGGGUCCGUGCCACUGCCUGAGAGUACCAGAGAACUGGGGGAGCUACUGGGUGAAGCACGCUACUACCUGGUACAGGGACUGAUUGAGGACUGCCAGCUGGCACUGCAGCAAAAAAGGGAGAACGUGUCCCCGCUGUGCCUCAUCCCCACGGUGACAUCUCCCCGGGAGGAGCAGCAGCUCCUGGCCAGCACCUCCAAGCCCGUGGUGAAGCUCCUGCACAACCGCAGUAACAACAAGUACUCCUACACCAGCACUUCAGACGACAACCUGCUUAAGAACAUCGAGCUGUUUGACAAGCUGGCCCUGCGCUUCCACGGGCGGCUGCUUUUCCUCAAGGAUGUUCUGGGGGACGAGAUCUGCUGCUGGUCUUUCUACGGGCAGGGCCGCAAAAUCGCCGAGGUGUGCUGCACCUCCAUUGUCUAUGCCACGGAGAAGAAGCAGACCAAGGUGGAAUUCCCAGAGGCCCGCAUCUUUGAAGAGACCCUCAACAUCCUGAUCUACGAGACUCCCCGGGGUCCAGACCCUGCCCUCCUCGAAGCCACCGGGGGUGCAGCUGGAGGUGGCGGGGCAAGCCGAGGGGAAGAUGAGGAGAACCGAGAACACCGUGUCCGCAGGAUCCACGUCCGGCGCCACAUCACCCACGACGAGCGUCCUCACGGCCAACAGAUUGUCUUCAAGGACUGAGCUUUGACCUGAGUUUUCCACCCCCGGCCACUGGGACCUGGUCCCUCUCCUCUCCCUUUUCCUCUCCUUCCCCGACCUUUGCCCCGGCUUUGCUGGCCAAGUCGUGGGUCUUCCUGCCAUCCCUUCGUUGCAUGGUACCGUUCACUUUGGCCCUCUCCCGUCCAUUCCCAUCUCAUUGCUAACCAGAGGGUGCAUUCCAGCCCUUCCCCUCAAAGGCCUUCAGAAGGCCUGCAUUCAGCCCCUCAUCCUCGUCCUGCUCUCUUCCCUCCCCAGCUGGUUUAAAAGGAUUUAGAACUCCCCGUCUCUUUUUUUAGUACCUCGUACAUGCCAAAGUGUCAAGCCAGCCCCACUGCGUUUGGAGCCGCCUCCUCACCGCCGUGCAGGGUAGCGCACCUCCCUCCUCCCUCCCCACCAUCCUCCCACCUCCUUAACUUUGUACGAGGCUGGCCUGGGCCUGCACCUGCUCAGCAUCUUCUCGAUCUGUUUCGUAUUAUUUAUUUUAAUUUUCUAUUAAAUUAUUGGAAUAAAGUUGAA